CUUUUUGACACUUUUUCUUUCACUCUUAUUCCCGCAGUCAACAUGGUGAAGACUGAAGAGUUUGAAUUGCCUAAGCGAUUGCCCAAGCUUAUUGUAUUCGAUCUGGACUGUACUCUUUGGACACCUUGGAUUGACUAUACCUAUGGGCCUCCUUUUGUAUAUCAUGAAGAAACCAAUUCCCUGACUGACAAGAAAGGCGAAAAGUUGAAACUAUUCAAGAAUAUCACUGAAGUAUUGACAAUGAUUCGAAGUUUUCCUGAUACCAAGAUUGGCAUUGCUUCAAGAACCGGUACACCUGACUGGGCGCGAAUGGCAUUAAAAUAUUUUCAAGUACCUGAACUUGGAUGCAGUAUGUAUGAUCUGAUAGACUAUAUGGAAAUCUAUCCUGGACGCAAAAUACAACAUUUGACAGAAUUGGAACAAUCUUCAGGGAUUCAAUGUGAAGAUAUGUUGUUUUUUGAUGAUGAACUACGCAAUAAAGAAGUCCAAAAGUUAGGUGUACAUUUUGUAUUGGUGGAUCCAGCAAAAGGUGUGACAACGCAUCAAUUUAAAUCAGCUUUACAACAAUUUGAUCGACAAUCAAGUUGCGUACAAACAACUCUUCCAUUUUAAUAGCACGGUU